UUUAGCACUCUGUGUAAUUAUCAUGGACAUAAUAUAGUGGAUAUGUGUUACAAGAUACAUGGUUAUCCUCCAGGAUAUGCCACUAGGAGAUCUUCUUUGCCUCCUACUAGGCCUCAUGCUAUUAAUCAGGCCAGUAUCACUGAAAUUGCAGAUGCUCCCAAUCCAGCUGAACCUGUAUCAAUGGACAAUUUGCUUCAAUCUUUGAGUUCUUCCCAGUGUCAACAACUCAUGACACUCUUUGAUUCCCAGCUCACUCUUGAUCAAGGCUCCAAUUCUCAUCACUUUUCUACCUCCAAUAAUGUGACUUGCUGUGUUUCAGGUAAUAUUCAAGGAUCAAAGCCAGAAGAUGAUUGGCAAGGAUAAAAAAGUUGAUGGUCUUUAUGUUUUAGACAUAGAUCAUUGUACUUCACCUUUUUUUUCCUUGUAAUGCAGUUUCUGCAUCCAUUUUGGCACAAUAGGUUAGGCCAUCUUUCCAGUACCAGUCUUGAUUGCCUUAAAUCUUUGCUUUCUAUUUCUACUAAAGACAGUUGUAAACUCGAUCCUUGUUAUAUUUGUCCAUUGGCAUAACAAAGGAAAUUAUCCUUUGAAUCAAAUAAUCAUGUUUCUGCUUUUCCCUUUAAUUUAAUUCAUUGUGACAUUUGGGGUCCUUACAACACUGCUUCUCACACAGGUCAUAGAUACUUUGCUACUAUAGUUGAUGAUCAUAGUAAAUAUACAUGGAUAUGUUUACCGAGGCAAAAAUCAGAUAUUACAUACAUUCUAAUUUUUUUCCAAAUGAUUUCAACCCAAUUUGGGGCUCAAAUCAAGCCUUUCAAAUCAGACAACGCUCAUGAACUGCUUUCACUCAAUUUUUUCAUGAUUUAGGUGUGGUUCAUCAGUGUAGUUGUGUUCAAAAAAUCAACACUUGCUCAAUGUUGUUAGAGCACUAUAUUUUUAGUCUCAUAUUCCUAUACAAUUAUGGUUAUAAUAUAUUUGGACUGCAGCUUAUCUUAUAAACAUAAUUCCUUCUAAGAUUUUACAGGGAUCUACACCUUAUCAGAAGCUAGACAAUCAACCAUCUCCUUAUGGCAUGCUGAAAGUGUUUAGUUGCUUAGCCUUUGCCUCUAAUCUUUCUCAAUCCAUAACUAAAUUUGAUCUAGGGCAAGAGUUUGCGUCUGUAUUGGAUAUCCUACAGGCAUGAAUGCAUAAAAAAAUUAUGAUAUUCAAACCAAAGAAGUCCUCAUAUCAAGAGAUAUUAUCUUUCAUGAAACUGUAUUUCCAUUUUCUUUAAAUAAAAAUUUGGAUUCUGUUUUUACUCAUGAUCCUUUUGAA